CCUCUGCGGAGAAGGCUCGCGAACGGAGGGUUCGGUGGUAGCAACCGUGGUCGGUGUCCGGCGCUCCGAGGUCGAGAGGAUGAGUGACAGCGGGGAACAGAACUACGGCGAGCGGGAAUCCCGUUCCGCUUCCAGAAGCGGAAGUGCUCAUGGUUCUGGCAAGUCUCCAAGGCAUUCGCCUGCUAGAUCUCGAUCCAAGGAGGGUUCCAGGCGAUCUAGGUCAAAGUCUAGAUCAAGAUCUGAAUCUCGAUCCAGAUCAAGGAGGAGUUCUCGUAGACAUUAUACAAGGUCACGAUCACGUUCCCGAUCCCAUAGGAGGUCCAGAAGCAGAUCUUACAGCCGCGACUAUCGUCGUCGACACAGCCACAGCCAUUCUCCUAUGUCUACUCGCCGGCGUCAUGUUGGCAACAGAGUAAGGCUGUCAUCGCAGCAGUUGAUCAGAGAUAAUUCAGCUGCAAAUCCAGACCCAAACUGUUGUCUUGGUGUUUUUGGGUUAAGCUUGUAUACAACAGAGAGAGAUCUGAGAGAGGUAUUCUCCAAAUAUGGUCCAAUUGCUGAUGUUUCUAUUGUAUAUGACCAGCAGUCUCGACGUUCAAGAGGAUUUGCCUUUGUGUACUUUGAAAGUGUUGAUGAUGCUAAGGAGGCAAAAGAGCGUGCCAAUGGAAUGGAGCUUGAUGGGCGAAGGAUCCGUGUUGAUUUCUCAAUAACUAAAAGGCCUCACACGCCUACUCCUGGAAUCUACAUGGGGAGACCUACUUACGGUAGCUCCCGACGAAGAGAUUAUUAUGACAGGGGUUAUGAGAGAGGCUAUGAUGACCGUGACUACUACAGCAGAUCGUAUAGAGGAGGAGGAGGAGGAGGAGGAGGGUGGCGAGCUGCCCAAGACAGGGAUCAGAUGUACAGGAGGCGAUCACCAUCUCCAUAUUACAGCCGAGGGGGCUACAGAUCUCGCUCCCGGUCUCGGUCCUAUUCACCUCGUCGCUAUUGAAGCGUGGAACUGAAGGUUUUGUAGCUACAUGCAGUGCUUUUGAGAUUGCAAACUUGUGGACAAUAAUUUGUCACUUUUGUUCAAGUUUAAUAGUGCCUAGUGAAUAGGUGACUUUUACACCUUUUAUGGAGACUGCUUUUGGUGAAGUUUUAAGAAGCUGUUUCAUUCUGCAUAUUUGUGUAGUUGGUGCUUCAUUCAGAGUUGUGUUUUGAGAAAAGUAUGUCUUCUGCAUGUGUUAGUCUGAACGUUGCAGAAAGAUUUCUAUUGUCCAAAAUUCUUCAUUUAAUUUUUUAUAGUUUCCAGGGUAUUUUGAAGAUCAAAACCUGUACAAUAUGCUUUCAGAUGGUGGCAUAAUAAAGUUUUUUUUUUACUUACUUUGGAGCCCAUAUCUCAUACUUAUCCAAAGUGUGAGUUGGAGAAGGAACAAAAUUACUUGAAAGCUGUAUCCACAAUUCUGUACCAUAAACUCUUCCCUCUCAGUUACCCUCUAUAAUAUGAAGUCAGAAUAAAAGUCCAUGUUGUACCUUUCUAUUUCA